GCCAUGCUGAUGAGAUUGCAGAUACACAUGGUUCCCACACUGAGCGUUUACAUAAUUUUGUUUAAUCCUCACUGAAACGAUUCAUUUGCCUGUUUAAUUUGCAGAUAGUGAAGAGAGAGAUGAUGAGAAACUCAGAAGAUCCUGCAGCAUUUGUUCCCGAGGCUCCUGUGAGCUUGAGACUCUCAGACAUCAAGAGAUAUUAUUUCAGCUCCUGGUUGAAGUUCUUCAAAAACCCAGCAUAAAGUGCACUGCACAAUCACUACCUGACCGAACUGCACAAAUAAAACUCACUGCUUUACCCAAGAAAACAUCAGGUGUGCAUUGCAUCAGUGCUUUUAAAGUAUAUCUUGUGUAGUUUUGUGUUUCUAACUGUAACAAGCUCAGAUGAGCAUUAACUACACCUGAAUUCAGCUCUUUCUCAGAGAUGUCUCCUCCCCUUUCUCAUGGACCUCCAUCAAAGUACUUUUUUGAAUAUUUGCAUGUCAUUAUGCCUGUAAACGGUUCUGUCCCCGGGGCCAUACGCUCUUGCCCAGGGGCCCAUCACUGAGUGACUGACGUGUAUGAAGACCGGCUAUAAAACAGGCCGUCUCCAGCGUCUUGCACUACUCUACAGCAGCACCUCCGCUGUUAUCAUCUCCUGAUAUCAUCUCCUCUCACGUCUCUCCACUCUUGACAUGGCGUUCAGAUCUCAGAGUGCCUCUGGCAGGUCUCUCUCUGUGUCCAGCAGCCGUUCCCUGGCUCCCGUCUGCUUCUCUGGCUUUGGGAGUCAGUCGGUGAUGGCUGGAGGUCUGCAGAGCGGCGCCAGUUUGGGCUUUGGCUCCGGUGCUGGAUUGGGCUUCGGAUCAGGAGCCGGCUUGGGCUUUGGCUCUGGUGCUGGAUUGGGGUUCGGAUCCGGAUUUGGGUCUGGUCACGGCAUAGGUGGAGGUUCUCUCUCGACUAGUUUGAGGACGGUUGGAGGCACUCUCUCAAGCACUGCAGGCGGAGGCUCCUUCGGGGCGAGUUUCCGAGCGGGUGGAGGCUGUUUCGCAGAAGCCAUGUCCAACAUCAUCAACGAGAAACAGCAGAUGCAGGUUCUGAACGACCGUCUCGCAACCUACCUGGAGAAGGUGAAGCGCCUGGAGACCACGAACUUCGAGCUCAACGAGAAGCUCCGCUCAUUCACCAUCAACAGAGUCCAGAGCAGCUUCAACCUGGAGCCCUACGAGAUCCAGAUAAAGCCACUGCGCGAGAAGCUUCUGCUUCUCAUGCAGGACCACACACGCAUCACUUUAGCCGUGGACAACGCUAAACUGGCCGCUGAUGAUUUCAGAAUGAAGUUCGAGACGGAGCUGGCCAUGCGUCAGUCUGUGGAGAGCGACAUCGCCGGUCUGAAGACCCUGAAGAGGGAGUACAGCUCCACCAACGCCAUCCUUCUGCAGGAGGUCACGGGUCUGGAGAAGGAGCGCGCCGCUCUCAAAGACGCGCACCAUCAGGACAUGAAAGCCCUGCGCGGGGAGAUGAUGGGCACCGUGACGGUGGAUGUGAAGGAGAGCGAGAGCACGGAUCUGUCUCGAGUGCUGGCCGACAUCCGCGCCGAGUACGAGAUGGUCAUCGAGAAGAACCGCCGGCAGGCCGAGAGCUGGUACACCAAACAGGUGGAGAAGAAGCAGGCGGAGGUGGAGCUGUUCACUGAGACCACCGUCAGCGGAGGCUCUGAAAUCACUGAGAGCCACAAACAGAGCAUGACCCUGCAGACACAGCUGGACGCCGCACUGAUGGAGAAGGCGAAUCUGGAGCAGCGUCUGGUGGCGGUCCAGGCUCAGUAUCAGUCUCAGUUCUUCUCUCUAGCUCAGCUGGCCGGCAGUCUGGAGGGAGAGCUGACCUCGGUGCGUGAGAGCACUCUUCAGCAGAGCCGUGAUUACCAGCUGCUGCUCAGCACCAAGGUCCAGCUGGAGCGAGAGAUCAGCACAUACAAAGCUCUGCUGGAGGGAGCUGGAGAGUUCAGCAACCUCAGCGCGCUCAAGAAACCGGCCAAGAAGAUGGAGACCCUGAAGGUGGAGACCGAGAAGGUGGAGACAAAGAAGGUGGAGACCGAGAAGGUGGAGACAAAGAAGGUGGAGACCGAGAAGGUGGAGGUCCUGAAGGUGGAGACCGAGAAGGUGGAGGUCCUGAAGGUGGAGACAGAGAGGAUCGCUUUGACGUCAUCUGAUGAUCGUGGUGCAGGAGGCGGAGCCGAAGUUCCCGCCUCUGAAGCACAGUCAGGUGGUUCUGGUGCAAUUGAGGUGCCAGUGGGCGGAGGUACAGCGUAUGCUCUGAUGGCAUUGGAGGGAGUCUCAUCGGAUCCAGUGAUGCCAUCAAGUACUCUGCCAGCUGAGGCAUGAAGUCCACUGGAGGGAUGAGCGGGUCUUCAUGAUGGUGCUGAUGUCAUCAAAGCUCAACCAAUCAAACGCUUAUGUCGCUUUACAGUGUCAUGUGACCAGCAUCAAUAAACUCAAACCUUGAACCGC